AUGUCGGGAGAUGCUGAUUCUAGCAAAUCUACUUCGGGUUACUUGGUAACAUUUGCGGGUGGAGCUGUGGCAUGGCAGUCAAGGUUGCAAAAGUGUGUUGCACUAUCUACCACUGAGGCAGAGUUCAUUGCUGCAGUUGAAGCUUGUAAAGAGCUUUUGUGGAUGAAGAACUUCUGUGAAGAGAUCGGUUUCAAGCAAGAAAAGUAUGUGUUGCUUUGUGAUAGUCAAAGCGCUAUUUGUCUCGGGAAGAAUUCUACAUUUCAUUCGAAGUCAAAACACAUUCAGAGGAGGUAUCAUUGGAUACGUGAUGUGGUUGCUUCUAAGGAAGUGGAACUUGAGAAAGUUCAUACGGAUGAUAAUGGAGCUGAUAUGAUGACGAAGUCAUUACCGAGGGGGAAGCUUGAGACUUUACCCUUACAAAAGUCCGACCAUGCAAGACAAAGCUAUGAUUUUUACAAAGAAAGGUUUCAGCCCACAGAUGACUUGCCAUUCAGCUAUGAUGAGAUGAAUCCUAUUGCACUAGAGAUUUAUAAAGGAGAUAGGCUUUCGGUGUUGGAGCAAUGUCACAAAACAAGGAAGAUAUGCAUAUGGGUGAAGCAUUGGCUCAUGCUUACUUCUUGGACCAAAUUGGUGGUCGUGGACAUACCAGAGUUUCCGCUUAUAUAUCCACGUCUUACCCUCCUUUCUACAAAUUAUUAUUUCGACAAAAACAAUAGGCUUGUUAUAACUUGUAAUGAUACUGACAUGAAGGGUCUAUCUAUUAUCAGAGUCAUCAACGACAAGGAAUUCCAAGUAAUUAAAGCUAAUGAAGGGGAAUGUCGUUUCUCUUUUUUAUGCAGCUACGUUCCUAGCUUAGCUAGGGUUCCAGGGUUUUCGAAGCAAGACACAAGUCGGAUUCGCUGGAGAAAACGUAGAUUCAACUAGUUUGGGUAUACAUAUAUUUGUUGUUUCGUGUGAUGAUUCUUUCUGCUUGGGCUAUUAAACUAUGCAUAGCAUAUAUCCUUUCUUUUUAUUUGAAAGUGUCAAAAACAAACCUAAAAUUGCCAAUUUAUUGUUAACCUACUCUAUACGUGGAAUAUGUGAUUUUGUUAACUUUACCUAAUCUGUUUUUCCCUAGAAACAAAAAAUAUUGGCUUAUUAACCUUGAUGCUUAAUUACACAAUCCAUUUCUUAGAAUUAUAAUUACUCUUUUUCCUUCAUAUUUUUCAAGUGCGCUCCUUAAUUUAGAUGCUUCUCAUAUUUUAGAAGUAACAAAUAGUGAAUGCUUUCACACUGGUUUAGGAUUAUUGACAAAUGAUAUGAAAGAGAUAUGAGGUUAGUCUUGAGAAACAAGGCUGGACUUGAGAAAGAGAUAAGAGGUUGGAUUUGAGAAACAAAGCUGAACUUGAGAAACAAGGCUAAGGAGCUGGAUUUUCAGGAACAUAGUGGAGCUGGGCGAAUUUAAACUCACAAGAAGCACCUAACAGUUGGAGAGUAAGGAGACAAGUUGGGUGAAUUAUUUAUAAUAUUAGUCACAUGAUCUACUUAAGGAUGGAAGAAGAAAAGGAAGGCUCCAAGACCGUUGAGGACUUGUCACUAUCCAUCGAUCAAAUUUCUAUUCUUUAUUCUUUUCUUAGUUUAUGAGUUUCAUAUUUUAUUCAUUGUUGUAGCAAGGCAUCUUGCCUUUAAAUCUCUGUAACAUGUUGCACAUUAUGGUUAAGGAAAUAAAUCAUUCUUUACUCUAUCUCUCUUACUCUUGAUUUCUCUUCUCACUCUCUCUCUUGUUCUUCACUUUGUUCUUCAAUAACUUUCAUGGUAUCAGAGCUUUAAGCUCCUGAUUACCUCAAAUACUUCCGCAAGCUUACUCUAUUUCUCUCUGUCUCUUGAUUCUCUGGUUUUAUUUCACAAAUUUCUCUACAGAUUUCUUUUAUCCAGUGGAUAAUAAAUCUGAGUUCUUGAGUGUUCUUGAAUAUUUUCUUCAAAUUUUUUGGUUGUGCUCACUCUGUUAUGUCUCUAAUCUUAUUUCUUGAGAGUUUAUCUUGUUUCUAAGCUUGAGAUCUCUCAGUUCUAGAACUAAUUUUUCUCAAAUCCAGUUUUGAAAUUUCAAAAUAUUCUUGGCGCCAGAUUGAGAGAAAUGGAACAGUACAAAGCAAUUCACAUUCCAGUCACACUCAAGGGACCAGAAAGCUAUAUUACCUGGUCUAGGAUGGCCAGGACAGCCCUUGGAGGUAGAGGUCUUUGGGAGCAUGUCUCUUCAAGUUCAGCUGCAAAGCAAAUCACCCAAGGAGAAGAUGGCAAGGAGGUUGUAGUGGUAGAUGAAGGCAAAUGGGUUCAGGAAGAUCUCAUGGUGCUGUCUACCUUGCAAAGCUACGUAGCGAUGGAGCUCGGUCGCUACGUAGCAACCGAGCGGAAUGGACGUUUGGUCGCUACGUAGCGACUAAGCUUUGGCUCGAACUCGGUCGCUACGUAGCGACCGAGCGGAGCACGUGUUUGGUCACUGUGUAACGAUCCUUCUCGACCACUUGUCCGAUGAUUCGCGUUUCUUCCGCAAACCUUUUCGUAAAGAAGAAUCUAUUUCGAAAAAGUAUUUGUCGAAGAAGUUUUCUACGUUUUUUUUCAAGUUUAUUUAUCCAAGUUUCCUAUUAUUUUAGUGUUUUACAUUUUUUUUCUUUUAACCGUCAUCCAUACUUAUAUAUAUGUAUGUUAAGGUUAUAAACCAUGCGUGCAAUAAAGUUUUUGAAAAAGUAUUUGUUGAAGAAUUUUUCUUCUUUUUUUUCUUCUUCGGGGAUUUGGACGUUAACUUCGUCGCAACCGUUUUUGACCCCAACAUUUUGUUGUCAAAAACUCUUCACCUGUGUUAUCCACACUUCAAGAUUUCUAAAAUCCCAAGAGCGCCGUAUCCAAUUUCUGAUUCUUUAGCUAAGACUGUAAGAGUUUUUCAUAGAGAACUUUGUUUUACCGAUUAUUCUCUUCUGAUCUGGUUACUCAACCGAUCUCAAGUUUGAGCAAUAGAAUAACCGUUUGUUGUAAACAACAAAAUUUAAAAUAUAUUUGACCUAUACCAUUCCGUAGGUCAAAUAUAUCAAUCCGUAACCUACACCUAUCAUGAGGUAAAGUUGUAUGAUAUGUGUGCCCGAUUGUAUCAAUAUAUGUGUAUUUGAUUGUAUGAAUGGUAAAGUUGGAUUAGACUUUUUUUUAGCUAAUUAGACUUGUAUUAUUGAUAUGAUAUAACAAAGGUCCUCGAGCAGGGAGAAAUCGACAAAUCUAGGAUAUACGAUACUCAUUCUGUAUCUAGAUGAAUUGGAAUGUAAAAAAAAACUAUUAAUGCAAACUUUUCAUUACUGUUAUACAAACUAAUAAAUAUACAUGAAACACACAAGACAUCAUGCUAGAGGUGUCCAAUCCGGAUAUCGGUUCUUUUUUCGGUAUUUCAGUUUAUAAAAAAUAUCUACCAUAUUAAAACCAUAGCUACUCUAGUUUGGUUCGGUUUAUAUACCGUCGGUUUUUGGUUUAUUCGGUUUUAUACCAAAAAGUUAUACAUAUUUUUAUCUUUUAUAAUAUUUUAUGAAUUUUACUUUAUAUGAUUAGAUAUCGACUUUAGUAUGACACAAAAAUAUUUUUGUUUUUAAAUACACUAUUUUUAUUCAUUUUUUAAUAUUUAAAAUAAUUAUUAAACAUAUUAAG